AUGGACGAAGAGGAUUUGUUUAGUGUCUUUAACGAGACACCAGUGGAUGCGCCCCCACCAUUAGUAGAAGUGGAGGGCUCCACAAAUAAAAAGAGAAGAGCCGAGGAUCAACAGGAAGAAACACAAGUAGAAGCUUCUCAAAAGGACAAGAACAACACCAAGAGGAAGAAGAAGCCGACAACAACCAAUCAGGCUCUGGUCCCCACUAAACAAGAGAUUAAGGCAGUUGUGUCAGAUGCUACUCUUGUAGAAGCUUCCAGAGAAGUUGCUGCCUCAGAUGGGUUGAUGGCUGCCUCUGUUGCAAGUGAGGGAAAGGGUCAAUUACAAUUGAGACAUCAGGUUAGACAUCAAGUGGCCAUUCCUCCGGAUUAUCCAUAUGUCCCAAUUGGAGAACACAAGAGGGAGAAUGAAGCUCGGACAUAUCCGUUCGUGUUAGAUCCGUUUCAAGAUACAGCUAUCUCGUGUAUUGAUAGAAAUGAAUCAGUGUUAGUGUCAGCUCAUACAUCAGCUGGUAAGACAGUGGUUGCUGAAUAUGCAAUUGCUCAAUCUCUUAAGGAGAAACAAAGAGUCAUUUAUACUUCUCCUAUCAAGGCUUUGAGUAACCAGAAAUAUAGAGAGUUAUUGGCAGAGUUUAAAGAUGUGGGUUUAAUGACCGGUGACGUUACCAUUAACCCUGAUGCUGGGUGUUUGGUCAUGACCACUGAAAUUCUUAGAAGUAUGUUAUACCGAGGUUCGGAAGUCAUGAGAGAAGUUGCUUGGGUCAUCUUUGACGAAGUCCAUUACAUGAGAGAUAAGUCUCGUGGUGUAGUGUGGGAAGAAACCAUUAUAUUAUUACCUGAUAAGGUUCAUUAUGUUUUUCUUUCUGCUACUAUUCCUAAUGCCAUGGAGUUUGCAGAAUGGAUUGUCAAGAUUCAUAAUCAACCUUGUCAUGUUGUUUAUACCGAUUUCCGUCCUACUCCUUUACAACACUAUUUGUUCCCUACAGGAGGUGAUGGUAUUCAUUUGGUGGUUGAUGAAAAGGGUACUUUCAGAGAAGAGAACUUCCAAAAAGCCAUGGCCUCUAUAAGUGACAAUAUUGGAGAUGAUUCCAGUAGUGCCGAUUCUAGAGGUAAGAAGGGUCAAACCUAUAAAGGAGGUAAUAAAGAUGGUAAGGCAGAUAUCUAUAAGAUUGUUAAGAUGAUUUAUAUGAAGAGAUACAAUCCGGUUAUUGUUUUUUCGUUUUCCAAAAGAGAUUGUGAAGCAUUGGCUUUGAAAAUGUCUAAAUUGGAUUUCAAUACUGACGAAGAGAGAGAUGCUUUAACCAAAAUCUUUCAUAAUGCCAUUAACCUAUUGCCUGAAGCUGAUAGAGAGUUACCCCAAAUCAAGAAUAUUUUACCUUUAUUAAGAAGAGGUAUAGGUAUACAUCAUUCUGGGUUGUUGCCAAUAUUAAAGGAAAUCAUUGAAAUCUUAUUCCAAGAAGGGUUAUUGAAGGUAUUAUUUGCUACAGAAACCUUUUCUAUUGGGUUGAAUAUGCCUGCCAAAACUGUUGUGUUUACCUCUGUUCGUAAAUGGGAUGGUGUAGGAUUCAGAUGGGUGUCUGGUGGGGAAUAUAUUCAAAUGUCUGGAAGAGCUGGUCGUCGUGGAUUAGAUGAUCGUGGUAUCGUUAUCAUGAUGAUCGAUGAGAAAAUGGAACCUCAAGUUGCCAAAGGGAUGGUUAAAGGUCAAGCAGAUCGUUUGGAUUCUGCAUUCCAUUUGGGUUACAAUAUGAUAUUGAAUUUGAUGAGAGUUGAAGGUAUUUCGCCAGAAUUUAUGUUGGAAAAUUCUUUCUUCCAAUUUCAAAAUGCUUCAUCUGUUCCUCAAAUGGAGCAAGAAUUGAAGAAACUCACUGAUUCCAAAGGACUAAUUCAAGUGGAUGAUGAACAAACCGUCAAGGAGUACUACGAGUUAAAGAAACAAUUGACCAAAUUCCAAGAAGACGUUAGACAAGUGGUUACCCAUCCUGGUCAUAUUCUCCCCUUCCUACAAGCCGGUAGAGUUAUUAAAAUCAAAAUUGGUGAGUUUGAUUAUGGUUGGGGUAUGGUUACAGGUGUUACCAGAAGACAUAACAAAAGAAACCCUACUCAAGCAUACACAGAUCAUGAAUCUUAUGUUAUAACUGUGUUUGUCUACACCAUGUUUGUAGACUCACCAGUGAAUUUGAUCAAACAAUUUAACCCUGUGUUCCCUGAAGGUAUCAGACCAGCCCAAGAGGGCGAAAAGGCCAGAGCUGAGUACAUUCCUAUCACUUUGAAUUCUAUAGAAAAGAUCAGUAGCGUGAGAUUGAAGGUUCCAGAUGAAUUAAAGAGUUCUUCUGCAAAGAAAACCUUGUUGAAAACCAUGAAGGAGUUACCAAAAAGAUUACCUGAUGGCAUCCCCUUAAUGGACCCUGUGGAAAGUAUGAAGAUAGAUGACGAUGACUUUAAGUUGUUGUUGAGAAAGAUCGACAUUUUGGAGUCCAAACUUGUGGGCAACCCCUUGCAUGGCUCUGUUAGACUUGAAGAGCUUUACAAGAAGUAUGAAAGUAAGGUCAUGGUUGAAGAUAAGAUUAAGACAUUGAAGGAUAAGAUUUUGGAAACUCAAGCCGUUAUUCAAUUGGAAGAUUUGAGACAUAGAAAGAGGGUUUUAAGAAGAUUGGGGUUCGUCACAACCGAUGACGUUAUUGAGUUGAAGGGAAGAGUAGCUUGUGAUAUCAGUACUGGGGAUGAAGUUUUAUUGACAGAAUUAAUUUUCAACGGUACGUUUAAUGAUCUUAGUGCUGAACAAUGUGCUGCAUUAUUGUCAUGCUUUGUCUUCCAAGAACGUGCUAAGGAAGUACCUCGGUUGAAGCCUGAGUUGGCUGAACCUUUGAAAUCUAUGCAAGAUAUGGCAUCUAAGAUUGCCAAGGUCUACCGUGAGAGCAAGAUUGAUAUUGUGGAAAAGGAUUAUAUUGAAUCUUUUAGACCCGAGUUGAUGGAAGUUACUUAUGCUUGGUGUAAGGGAGCAUCUUUCACCCAGAUUUGCAAGAUGACCGAUGUUUAUGAAGGGUCAUUAAUUCGGAUGUUCAAGAGACUUGAGGAGAUGCUUAGACAAAUGAUUGUGGCUGCUAAGACUAUUGGGAAUGCAGCACUUGAAGAGAAGAUGGAGAAGGCAACUGAGCUUGUUCACAGAGAUAUCGUUUCUGCAGGUUCGUUGUAUCUUUAA